UGGCUGAGUAUGUCUUUUCUGUGUUUUACUGUUCUCUGAUGACCACAUAGCGUAUUUUUUUAAGUAUAAAGUGCACUGGAUUAUAAGGCGCACUUUGAAUUAACGUGUCUAUGUGUGUCUAUGUCACACAUAAAACGCACUGGAUUAUAGGGCGCAUUACAUUACACGUUGGUAGGGCCCUAUAAUUUCCGCGAUCACGGAAUCGCGGACGGAAUCGCGAAAUUGGCAAAUUAACGCAAAUCUAGUGUAAAUGCGGAAUUUCUACAUUUGAAAUGAAAUUCUGUUUUUGAGUGGGAGAAGAACGUACGUCUGGGGGAAAUACACACCGGGGGACGCAAAUCUGGGCGGCACAACCCCUCCCGCUCCGUCAUUUCAGCUCCCUCUCACCCUCCCCCAUCAAAGCGACUCUCCACAGCUCCGCUUUUGGCGAAAAAGUUGAGAAACACGACGCUAAGCCCUGAUUAAAGAGCCGAGCAGUUCCCUUGUGACUUUUACGUGUCAGAUGAACUAUUGUUUUGCAAGUUUUGUCAACAUUUUAUUGACUGGAAGGCCAAAAAUACAUGCACUGACCACUUGUCAGUGGUCAGGAGAAGUACAAUAAUGCUAGCAAGGCCACCACUUCUCUACAGACAUGCCUUACUGCUGCAUUCAAGUCUUCGGACUCAAGAAAAGAGUUUGUUGAAGAUUUUGUCGCUAUGUGUGCUGAGGCUGACAUCCCUUUGGAAAAGAUGACAAAACUGCGUCCGUUUCUAAAGAAGCACUGCAAACAGGGAGGAGCCCUACCUGAAAAUGUAAGCAGUCUUCGCCAACUUCACCUACCCCGAGUGUUCGAGCAACAUAUCUCCUCUGUGCUAAAAAAGAUCCGUGGGAAAAAGUACUCGGUUGUUGUGGAUAAGACUACUGAUGCGAGAGACUGCAGCGUCCUAAACAUCGUCAUUGGAGUUGAAAAUCAAUAUUUUCUUGUGGAUGUCGUCUUCAUGGAUAGAUGCAACUACUCAACAGUUUCCCAAGCAAUACUAGCCUCCCUCCACAGCAAUGAUCUAGAUCUGAAUGAUGCCUGGGCAGUGGUCACAGAUAAUGCUGCUUACUGUCUGAAAGCAUACAGGGAGGUCCUGAACGAAGUGAUGCCAAACAGUGUCCAUGUUACCUGCCUCUGCCACAUUAUAAAUCUGGUGGGUGAGACCUGGCAGCAUUACAAAUACUUUUCUGAUGCUACCUCACUUGUGACAUGGAUGAGAUCUGUGUUCUUCAAAAAGCCUGCCAGAAAGCGAAGAUGGGUGGCGUUCCUCAUCAACAAGGAGGCUGUGCAGGCCAAGGUUCCUCCUGAGGCUGUGUGUACCCGGUGGAAUAGUUGGUUUGAGGCUGUCAAGUACCAUGCAGAGCAUGUUCACCUGUACAGACAGUUCUUCUUGUCAGAGGAGUCAACAGCCAUGGCAGUCAAGAACAUCCUCAGCCAGUUGGAAACAGAGGAGAAGAUGCAGACCUUCACUCUCAAGUUAACUUUCAUCUCAGAGGCUUGCUCCAAACUGAUGACAGCCCUGACCAUCCUGGAAGGAACCCACAGACCCACAGCAGUGUCUGCACACAAUGUCAUGGAGGAUUCCGGGGUCCUACCUAGUUAAUGGAACAGCAAAAACAUGUGGUUAUGGGCCCAAGACAGAUGAGCUACUGAAAAAAAUGAGCUUUCAAGAGAAGAAGGACGUGCUGGACAAUCUCCAUGAUGCUUUUCAUUUGGCUUUCACAAAGUUCUCAAAGCACUGGGACACACAUCCAGCCAGAGAUGUGUACAGGAUGGCCAGGGUGUUUCAUCCCAGACAGGCUCCGGCAAUGAAAAAGCAGAUUGAAGCCUACACUGACGCCCCUGGCAAACCCAUCAGCAGAGCUCAGUGAGCAGUGGUUGGCCUAUCAGCAAUGUGUUUCCAGGGACCCCCUGCCAACUGAUAUGGAGCUUGCAAACUACUGGAGAGGCCUGAGUGCAAGAUUCCCAAGAGUUGCAGAGGUGGCUGUGGCCUUCAUCUACUUCCCAGUCAGCUCAGUUGAUUGUGAGCGGAGCUUUAGCAAAUACAAAACUCUUCUCACAGACAAGAGAGAGAACUCUGUAUUGAACUCAAUACAAAGAGGCUGGCAAUCAUGUAUUUCAAUGGUGAUGUUUCUGAUAGGUGGGAAGCUUAAAUGAAGAAAGUUAGCUCACAAGGAUUAACUAGUCCUACAACUUGAAUACUUGUUUAAGUAACUUUUGAUAAAAAGUUUCUGUCUGUUACAUGAUGACAAAGUCCACUUUAAUUGUAUAACUCAGGAGUACUUGCUGUAUUUUGCCUUGUUUUUUAUGCACUUUAAUGUACUGUAUGGAAAAUAUGAUUCUUUAUGAAAUACUUUAUAAUUCUGAAAUUGAGUAGUCCCAUUUUAUUUUUUUACUUGAAAAAGCUAAUGGAGCACUUUUAUUUAUAACCAUUGGUUCAUAACCAUUAAUAUUUUGUUAGUACUUAGAGUGCAGUGUUAUGUUGCAUCAUGCAGUAAAAGUACUGAGUAAAUGUGUUGUUUUUUACCUCAAUAAAUUUAAGUUCAUUCCUUUUUUA